AUGGCCCACACCCUUUCAGAAGAUGUGGAUAUUUCAUUAUUAUUUUCUUCUUAUGAAUUAGUUCUCUCUGUCUCUCUCACAUUCCUGCAGUUCUCUCUGUCUCUCUCACAUUCCUGCAGUUCUCUCUGUCUCUCUCCACAUUCCUGCAUUCUCUCUGUCUCCUCUCCCAUUCCUCUCUCUCUCUCUCCCUCACAUUCCUGCAGUUCUCUCUGUCUCUCUCACAUUCCUGCAGUUCUCUCUGUCUCUCUCACAUUCCUGCAGUUCUCUCUGUCUCUCUCACAUUCCUGCAGUUCUCUCUGUCUCUCUCACAUUCCUGCAGUUCUCUCUGUCUCUCUCACAUUCCUGCUCUCUGUCUCCCUCUCUGUCUCCUCUGUCUCCCUCACAUGCCCGCGGUUCUCUCUCUGUCUCCCUCACAUGCCCGCGGUUCUCUCUCUGUCUCCCUCACAUGCCCGGUUCCUCCUUCUCUCUCUGUCUCCCUCCACAUGCCCUCUCUUCUCUCUCUGUCUCCCUCACAUGCCCGCGGUUCUCUCUCUGUCUCCCUCACAUGCCCGCGGUUCUCUCUCUGUCUCCCUCACAUGCCCGCGGUUCUCUCUCUGUCUCCCUCACAUGCCCCCGCAGUUCUCUCUCUCUCUCCCUCCCUCACAUGCCCAUGAUUCUCUCUCUGUCUCCCUCCCUCCCUCACAUGCCCGCAGUUCUCUCUCUGUCUCCCUCACAUGCCCAUGGUUCUCUCUCUGUCUCCCUCCAUGCCCUUGGUUUCUCUCUCUGUCUCCCUCACAUGCCCUUGGUUCUCUCUCUGUCUCCCUCCACAUGCCCCUCCUCUCUGUCUCCCUCACAUGCCCGCGGUUCUCUCUCUGUCUCCCUCACAUGCCCUGCUCCCCUCUCUCUGUCUCCCUCACAUGCCCAUCUCCCUCUCUCUCUCUCUGUCUCCCUCACAUGCCCUUGGUUCUCUCUCUCUCUCCCUCCUCAUGCCCUCUCAUGUUCUCUCUCUCUCUCCCCCACAUGCCCCUGGUUCUCUCUCUCUCUCCCUCACAUGCCCGCGUUUCUCUCUCUGUCUCCUCUCUCAUGCCCAAGGUUCUCUCUCUCUCUCCCUCUCUCACAUGCCCGGUUCUCUCUCUCUCUCCCCUCUCACAUGCCAGGUUCUCUCUCUCUCUCUCCCUCUCUCUCUCUCACAUGCCCCAUGUUCUCUCUCUCUCUCUCCUCCCUCACAUGCCACUUGGUUCCUCUCUCUCUCUCUCUCUCUCUCUCUCUCUCAUGCCAGCAGUUCCUCUCUCUCUCUCUCUCUCUCUCUCUCUCUCUCUCUCUCUCCACAUGCCCAGUUCACUCUCUCUCUCUCUCUCUCACAUGCCCAGCAGUUCCUCUCUCUCUCUCUCUCUCUCUCUCCUCAUGCUCUCUCCCACAUGCCCCAGUUCUCUCUCUCUCUCUCUCACAUGCCCCCAGUUCCUCUCUCUCUCUCUCACAUGCCCAGCAGUUCCUCUCUCUCUCUCACAUGCCCAUCUCUCUCUCUCUCUCUCUCUCUCUCCAUGCCCAUCUCUUCCUCUCUUCUCUCUCUCUCUCUCACAUGCCAUGAUUCCUCUCUCUCUCUCUCUCUCUCUCUCUCUCUCUCUCACAUGCCCGCGGUUCACUCUCUCUCUCUCUCUCUCUACAUGCCCGCGGUUCACUCUCUCUCUCUCUCUCUCUCCCCAUGCCUCUCUUCUCUCUCUCUCUCUCUCUCUCUCUCUCUCUCUCUCUCUCACAUGCUGGCAGUUAACUCUCUCUCUCAUGGUUCUCUCUCACAUGCUCGCGGUUUUCUCUCUGUCUCUCACGUUCUCACGGUUUUCUCUCUCUCUCUCUCAUACUCACGGUUCUUUCUCUCUCUCUCUCUCUCAUGCUCGCAGUUCUCUUUCUCUCUCACACACACUCGGGAAUCUCUCUCAUGGAUUGAUCACACUAGAUUUAAUAGCAAAUUCAUUUAUUAUCAAGAAACAGCAUUCCACAGGUUUCCAUAUAAGAAAACCACAAAAAGCUGAACAUAAUGCUAAUCACUGUUAUUAUCAUGGCCACAUUAAAGAUGAUUUUGAUUCCAAGGUUGCAAUCAGCACUUGUGAUGGCAUCAGAGGUGUUAUCAUUGAUGGUCCUGUUAUUUAUAACAUUGAACCAAUAAAAGAUGGUUCAAAUAACUCACUUCAUUACUGGUAUCCAGAGAAGAAGAAAAAUUUGUCUUUCAGAUGUGGCAAUCCUGAUCACAACCACACUGCAGAAGAUGUACACUUCAGCUUUACCAAACAGACCUUAUCUAGGGUUCGCCGCAGUAUCCGUGGACCCUAUAAUAGCAAUGAAAAUACAAGAUAUGUGGAACUUUAUAUGGUGGCUGACUUUUCAACUUAUAAAUAUCACCAGAGUGGCAUGGAAUCCAGGAUGAUAGACAUAGCCAAUACAGUAAAUAUGCUUUACCAGCCGUUGAAUUUAUACAUAGCUGGUGUUGAAUUCCCAACCGGUGUGGUAGGCAAAGCACCUCAGGGAAAAAUAUGCAUGCACAAAAGCUCUGGUGGUGUUACUUCUGAUCACAAAGGUUCCACUCUGACUAGUGUGGCCAUGACAGUGGCCCAUGAGCUUGGUCACAAUCUUGGCAUGGAACAUGACACCGGAGAAUGUGAGUGUCAUGGCAAGAAUAAUAAAUGUAUCAUGGAAUCAACGAGUGGGGAUCUAGGCACGUCUGUUUGGUCGAGUUGUUCUCGAGAAGCACUUCAUGAAGCUUUUGAACAGGGAAUGGAUUACUGUCUGCGAAAUAAGCCAGAGACACUUUAUCGUGCGUCAUGUGGUAAUGGCUUUGUUGAAGAUGGUGAACAAUGUGACUGUGGUCUCCCACAGAUGUGUAAAAGCAAGUGUUGUAAUCCUCAUACCUGUACAUUAAAACCAAAUGCAGUUUGUGCAACUGGAAAAUGUUGCAACAAAGAAACAUGCUCUUUCCUUCCAUUGGGUACAGUAUGCAGGACCAAAAGUGGAGAAUGUGAUUUGGAUGAAUACUGUAGUGGAAAUGGAGAAUACUGCCCUGAUGAUGUGUUUGUUUAUAAUGGCCACCCUUGCCUUGGAGGGGAGUCAUAUUGUUUCAAAGGACAAUGUAAGACACAUUCCAGCCAAUGCCGUCUUUUGUGGGGGAAAACUGGAGAAGCAUCUAAUGAUAUCUGUUUCACCUACAACAAUGUUUUCGGCAAUGAAAGUGGAAAUUGUGGCUAUAAUUGGAGAUCUGACUACUACAGAAAAUGUAAACCUGAAAAUACUCAUUGUGGAAUGCUCCACUGCAAGCAUAAAAAUGAGAAAUUAAUGUUUUGGAAAGACAGUUUGGCCCACAAGUUUCCAAAGUCUUUCUUGGAGAAUGCAUCUGUGAUGUAUGUGUGCCGUGCCGUCAUUCUCGAUGUUGGAUUAGAGAUGCCAGACCCAGGUCUGGUACCAGACGGAGCCAAAUGUGGAGAAAACAAGUUAUGUGUGAAUCAAGUGUGCAGUUCUUUGAAGAAGUUGGCUUACCCAGAUUGCCCUAAAGGCUGUAACGGACAUGGAAUCUGCAACAGUCGUGGGAAUUGUCAUUGUGAUCCAGGCUAUGCUCCACCAACUUGUGCAAAAGUGGGUAAGGGAGGAAGUGUGGAUAGCGGCUCUGCUAAUCUAGAUAAAGAAGGAUCUGGUGCCAUUGUGAUUGCAGUCAUUGUGAUCAUGUUCUUGAUAUGCCUCAUUGUGGUCCUUGUUUGUGCUUACAUGCGUAGAUCCCAGCUGAGACAAUGGUGGAGCAUGAAAAAGAAUAUCAAAGUGAAUUUGCCAUCAGCACUUGCCAACUUCAAGCUGCCCAAAUCGCGUCCUCCUCCUCCGACCAGGACAGGGAGCAUUCACAGAAAUCGACCAGUCCCGAUCUCUAAGCCAACAUUGACUUGCAGCACCAAUCGUAACUCACAGGCGCUGAUCACUCCUGUAGACCCACCUGCUGAAGCAGCAGUCCCAAGGAGAGAAAAAACAAAGGCCGUACGUCCAGUCAGUGCCAUUAUGGCCAAGGACAUAUCAAGCCCAGUAUUGCAAAGCACAACCAAUCGCACAUCAGUGGCGUUUUCUGACCAAAACAUUGCAAGCCUCAAUGCUUCAGACAUCAAGGGCGGAUUGGCUACAACAAGCCGACGUACUAAACUACGUCGUAAUCACUCGGAUCGGCCACAUCAUCCACCGCCCCAGAAGCCUGAUGAGAGAGGCUAUAAUCCAACUCCCCCACCCAACUUCCGUGUCCCUGUACAGUCACAGGAAGAUAAUUCUAAUGUUUUUAAGCAUCUUUUGGCACAGGAUGAUGAAGACAAUUUAUAUAUGAAUACAAAUGUGGAAUUGGACAACUGCAACAGUGUGGAUCACAACAGCAACCAUGCUCUCUAUCACAAUACCAGUUCACCAUCGUUAACAAGAAACCAAAAAGAAAAACCACCAAGAGUACAGAACCGAGCUUUGAAUCCUGCAAGCAAACCACUGGCAAGAUCCGAUUCCAAUCCUGUCACUCCAAUAAGAAAUCGAAACUUGGAACCCAAACCCCAAAUUGUGCCCAAAUAUACUCAAGCAUCUCCUCCUUCCUCUACUUCCGCCAAUAAACCCAUGCCCAAUAAAAAACCGAUUCCAACAAAGAAGCCUGUUGUAAACAUAAGUAAAUCAGAAUCUGAUUCGAGAGCAAAUCUUCCACAGCUUAGACCUACACCAAAGUCCACAGUUGCCCGUACGUACACAGACCCAACACCAAAGACAGAAACCAAAGAUCCCAACAAACCAAUGCCAGCUCGAAGAGUUAACCAACCACCAAAUUCAAAGUUCACAACAUCUGACACAACAGACAGAGAUGAAGAUAAGACCAAGUCAAAUGAUAUGGAAUCUCGUAAAAAAAUCAGUGAACUGAGACAGAUGUUUGAUGCGAAGAGAUGA